CCCAUCUGGUUUGACCUUAAGACACUCGUUCCUGGUAUAUGACCGAAAACCUCCACAUAAAUGAUAAAACUCAAACUCUCCACUACCCAAGCCAUUGGACGUGAAAGGGAUUGAGAUGCAGAACCAGACGCUGGAGUUGUUUAGCAUACUUAAACAAGCUCUUAUAAUCCCUUGUCAAAAUACCAACCUCAUCCUACUUUCUUUCCUCGCCUCCCUACCCCUCCUUUGCUUCAUGCUUUUCCAUGAAAUGAUCCUCCACAGAACACUUAUCGCAACCUCGGAGAUUUUUCGACAACCCCCAGCUUAUUUCAGUCAUUGGCUGAUCCCAGUCAAUGCAACCAGAAGCAUGGCUAAUGAUUUCUCUUAUAAACUGAUACAACUGGGUCUUCUCCACCUGCUGCCCCUUCAUCUUCUGGAGCUCUGCGCUGUGGUGGUUUCCGUUGAUUUGACAGCAAAAACAUAUACCAAAGAGAAACCAACUAAUCCCAAGGAGAUGAUACAAAGACUUCUCAAUAAAGCAAGGUGUAAAGGCAUUCUUGUCACAUCUUCAUAUGUUUACUUGGUAUCAACUUGUUUCCUACUCGGAUUAGCGUGGUUAGUGACAAACUUCUAUAUUAUUGUGAGGACUUUUUUCAAUAAUGUGUUCACUGCAGCACUUUUUAGAGUAACUUGCAUAGCUCUGCUAGCGAAAUACUUGGAAUGGGCAGCUAUCUGGAACAUGAGUAUUGUGAUUUCAAUAUUAGAGGAGAUACAUGGGGCUAAUGCUCUGGGACUCUCGGCUUAUUUUUGUAGAGGCAGCGAGAGACAAGGGAUUCUGUUGAUGCUUAUUUUCUUCACAUGGGGUGCCGGUUUAAGGUUAGUGUGCUUCUAUGGCGGAUGCAAUAAGAAAGACUGGACAAGUCUUAUACAGGUUAGCUUGAUUUGUAUGGGGAAUGUGAUGAAGUGGAUGGCUUGCGUGAUACAUUUCUAUCAUCGCAGAGAACACAAUCUACACCGGGUUGAUGAAGAAGCAGGGAAACAAGUCGAAGCUGUGUAUGAAAUUUUUUAAAUAAUCUGCCUACUUCUUAAGCAAUAUUUUAUUUUCUUUAUCUUCUGGUGGUGCAAAACAGGGGUCCAACAGUCUUAAGAUGUAGCUCAAUAACUUUUGUAAAUACAAAUAUGUUAUCAUACAAGUAAUACAAAGAACGUACAACAUAUUUGACCCAAAA